AGAAAGUCUAUGUCCAGCAGAGGAACAGCCACGUAUUGUUUCUAGCAGACAGAGGACAGACUUUGAGUUCAUGCAAGAAGAAACUGGACAGCCUUACUAAGGAGUUACAGGACAUUUGAAGUUGACAAAUCCUCCAAUCAUGUGUGGCAUAUUUUGUUUUGUGAGUCCAGCGUCUUCUCCUUUCACAUGGGACAAUCCAGUCUAUGAACAUUUAAAAAGAAGAGGCCCCGAUUUCAGCAGGGAUUUAAUAGUUUUAGGUUCCGAUUCUACUUAUCGGUGCUUGUUCUCAGCCCAUGUUCUCCACAUGAGAGGUCUUCCCACACCACAGCCACUCCAGGAUCUUGCCGGAAAUAUUUUGCUCUGGAAUGGAGAGGUUUUUGGUGGUUUAGAAGUCCUGCCAGCCGAGAACGACACCAGAGUUGUCCUGAGGUGUUUGUCUUCUUGCAGUGACCCUUCUGAUAUUUUGUCUGUGCUUUCCGCCAUUAGAGGUCCCUGGGGGUUUGUGUACUAUCAAAAGAGCAAAGACUGCCUCUGGUUUGGGAGAGAUUACUUUGGGAGAAGAAGUUUGCUGUGGAAGUAUGACCAAAAACUGAAGGCCUUGACAUUCAGCUCUGUGGGAGCAAACCCAUGGGGACCUGGCCACUCCACUCCUUAUGAACUUGUUCAGCCCAGUGUGUAUGAACCUGGUCCUUGCGAACAUAAUCAUUCUGACACUUCUGGACCAGGUCAGUCCAGAAAUUGUGGAUCUGGUCAAUCUGGCACUCGUGAACCUGCUCACUGCAGCCCGUGUGUAUUUGGUCAGUCCAAUUCUUGUCAGUCAGGCACUAUUGGAUCUGGUCAGUCCAACGAUUAUGGACCUGGUCCAUGUGCAUGGCAAGAGGUCCCAGCAGUUGGUGUGUACAGAGUCGACCUGAAGUCGGUUGUAGAAUCCGGAUCGCCGACGAUAGAACUUUAUACCUGGUCUCACAGUGGAGAUGAACUGGUAACUCCCUGCUCAGAUAAUACCCAGCGUCACGGCCCAGGCAGCUGCAUUGUACUGAAGAACUCCCUGGACCUGCUCAGAUCACCUGUUUGUCCUCUGAAUACGACACUGAACGAGAACCACGCAAGUCCACUCUUCUGCGUAGAGGAUCUAGGAGAGCUUCUGGACAAAAUACAAAUGAAUAAAAAUGUUACAGGUCUGAUCGACGUUCUGAGUAAGGCUGUGAGGAUACGUGUUCAGUCUUUGCCCGACGAUCCACAGGCUGAGAAUUCCAGCAUUGCCGUUCUUUUCUCAGGGGGCAUCGACUCUAUGAUUCUGGCUGUCUUAGCUCACCAUCAUGUACCCAAUUGUCAGUCGAUAGACCUUAUCAAUGUAGCUUUUCAACACCAGGAAGCUCAGAAGGAGUCGACCAAGAGGCAAAAACCCAGUCAGAGAAAGUCCGAAGCCCAAACAUGCAAACCAUUCGAUGUACCAGACAGGAUCACUGGUAGGUCGGGUGUUAAGGAACUACAAGUCUUGGCUCCAGAAAGGCGAUGGAACUUUGUGGAAGUGGAUGUAACACGGGAGGAGUUGCAAAGAAUGCGGCACAAGCACAUCAGCGACUUGGUGCAUCCACUGGACACCGUACUGGAUGACAGCAUAGGGUGCGCAGUGUGGUUCGCAGCCAAAGGGGAGGGGUUUGUGACCCUGGACCAUGAUCGGACCACCUUCACAUCUUCGGCCAAGGUCAUUCUGACAGGAAUCGGAGCCGACGAGCAGCUAGCUGGAUACGCGAGACACAGACUGAGGUUCCAGACAUCCGGAUAUGAGGGACUGGUCAAAGAAAUAGCCAUGGAACUGGGCAGGAUCUCCUGCAGGAACUUGGGCAGGGACGACAGAGUGAUCGCUGACCACGGGAAAGAGGCCAGGUUCCCGUACCUGGACGAGAGCGUGGUGAGCUACUUGAACUCUCUGCCCAUGCACGACAAGGCCGACCUGUCGCUUCCGCGGGGCGCCGGCGAGAAACUGCUGCUGAGGCUGGCCGGCCGCCGGCUCGGCCUCGGAGCAUCCGCCGUCCUGCCCAAAAGGGCCAUGCAGUUCGGGUCACGCAUCGCCAAGAUGGAGAACGCCCGCGAGAAGGCGGCGGACCGGUGUGCCAGGCUCAUCGCAGAGUAG